AUGACAAACAAGCCAACAAAACCUGGAACUAAAUCCUUCGAAUGUACUUAUGCCGGUUGUGGUAGAGUUUUUAAAAGGUCGGAACAUUUAAAGAGACAUAUCCGAUCAAUACAUACCCUUGAGAGACCUUUCCAUUGCCCGCAUCCACAUUGUACAAAAAGAUUUUCAAGAUCUGAUAAUUUAAGUCAACACGUACGCGUGCAUCGACCAAAUGGAAAAGAAAAGAACGCAUCUACAAGAACGUUUAGUAAUUUCACUCCAUUUUUGCAAACUUACCAACAGACUGGUAGCCUUCAAUCGUUACAGCAACCUUAA